UUCUGAGUGCUCUCCGUGUUUUGCUUCUUCGUUUUUUUCUCAUCAAGGAUGAACGCUAGUACUCUCCUUCAGCAUCCCAGCCAUGAGCAUGGUCUGGUCUUGCGAGAGUUUAGCGAAAAUUUAGGAAUUUCCUUUAAGUGCCAUAUCUGCUGUUUAUGCGUGGAAGGUCCCGCCUACCAUUGCGUCAACUGCCGCUUCUUCCUCCAUAAAUUGUGCGCUGAACUGCUACCCGAGAUUCAACAUCCAUGUCAUCCACAGCACCCACUUAUACUAUCCCAUCCACGGAGCCGGAACCCACCUACAUUAUACUGGUCAAGUGUCGAUCUUUUGCGCUGUUGUGGGUGUCAUUUCAGCAUAAGCGAAUAUGAUACAGCACCCAUAUAUGGAUGUGAUGGCUGUGAACUAGCCUUGCAUGUGGGAUGUGCAGCUGCUACUCUUCCCCCUCCUAAAGACGAGCAUGAGCAGGAGGAGGAGAAAAUUCAGCACUUUUCUCAUGAGCAUCCUCUCACAUCCUUCCACGUGAACGGACCAAAUCAGAUCGAUUGCAGAGCAUGCGAUCAGAAGAUCUCUGGUCCCAUUUAUGGUUGUCGGAGCUGCAUAUUCAUGCUGCACGAGCCAUGUGCUUCAUUACCCCAACAGAUAUUACAACAUCCUUACCAUCCGCAGCACCCCCUGACCUUGCGUGCUGAUUUCGAGAAAUUUCCUGAAUGCAAAGCCUGCAAGAGACAGUCUUGGUUUGCAUACCACUGUAAUGAAUGCGACUACAACCUCCAUGCGGUAUGUGCUGAUUCCAUUAUGCAUCCUUCUCCCGCUGAUACGAACAGUGAGGAGGAUAGGCGAGAGAUUCUUCAUUUCUCCCACCCUCACCGGCUGAUGAGUUUUCAUGCAAAAGUGGAGGGUAAUUUUUCCUGCAACUUUUGCCACUAUAUUAUAUGCAGUGAUUUUUAUGGUUGCAUUGAUUGCCCUUUCAUGCUCCACGUAUCGUGUGCUGAGAUACCGCAACAGAUUGUGCACCCUCUUCAUCCAGACUGCCCUCUCACUUGGCGAGCAGAAUGUCAAUAUCGUAGAGAGAGUUCCGCUUGCUAUCUCUGCUCUGAAUGGUUCUCUGGUUUUGGAUACAACUGUGAACAGCAUUUCUUUCACCUUCAUGCCAGAUGCGCUUGCAGCUCUCUCUCUGCUCUGAAAGAGGGAGUCCCUAACUUUCAACGUUUCCAUGAACACCCAAUGAGGCUUUCUAAUGACAUGGAUAGCACAUGCAAACUUUGUAAUGAAGAGUCAUUUUAUGGUCUAGCUUAUUCUUGCUCAGAUGGUUGUGACAUCAUGCUCCAUGAGACAUGUGCUGAACUACCUCGUGAAUUGGAACACCCUUUCCACCCACAGCAUCUGCUCGUUCUUCUUCCUGAACCAAUGGAUGGAUCCGUUCCUUGCAAUGCCUGUCUUGAACAAAUUGAGGGAUAUAACUUUUACUGUGCGCCAUGUGAGUUCCACAUGCAUACAGCAUGUGCUCUGCAUGAACCGACUCUGAAACACCAGCGUCACGAGCACAACCUGACCUAUUUUGGAAAGACGGGCCACCUGCUAUGCGAUUUGUGUUACAAUGAUUGCAGCAUUGACCUCUACCGCUGUGUUCCCUGCAAUUACAAUAUUCACUGUAGUUGCACGCCCCUACCCCCUUCUGUUAAGCAUGAACUUCACAUCCAUCCAAUGGUGCUCCGCGAUAGAGUUGUUGAUGAAUUUUAUGACGACCAAUACUGCGACCUAUGCGAGACAACUAGGAACCCAGAACACGGUGUUUAUUACUGCGACGAAUGCAGGUGUGCUGCUCAUAUCGACUGUGUCAUCCCCAAGGUAGAUCUCGAGCAACACAAACUCGCGGAGGACCUUAUGCUCAGGAAAUUGGAUGAAGAAAUUGCUAGUGUAGAAGCAGAGAUGGAGGCAGUGAAGAAAAAGCUGAAGGUACUGAUGACAAAACUGGAGGGAGUUAAAAAAAAGAGAAAUGAGAUAGCGAGCUCUCGGAUGCGAGGGGAAGCAGAGUUGGACAAGGCAUGAAAAUGGAGUUGCAUCACUUUCUCUUGGCAUAUAUGCUCAUAUAAUAAGGAUCUAGUACAUGAGUAUUCCUAUUGUUAUCCGAUUUGUGUCCUUAAUCUUGGCCCCUUCUUAUUUUAACUUAUUUUCUUCUCUUGUGUAUCAUUUACGCUUGGUGAGGUACUACUCUGUGUAUGUAACUCCCCGUACUUUGUUCUUUCACUCAUACAUAAGUCCUUACUAGUAGGUCAUAACUG